AUGGCUCGCUUUGCCUUUUCUGCCUUCCUCAAGGAAGCUCCUGACGAGGUGCUCCAGGGGACCCGCCGACACCGGAUUCCAUCGCUUUUCAACGCGACCGCAGACCUUAAAAGAGCACAUACCUCGGUUGCCAUUAAAACCUCCUUCCCCUUAAGACCACCCUCAUUUCCCGACACUCUGCCCCGCCUGCCCACCUUCUCCCGCCACAGCCUCCCACAGGCCGUUUCCACCCAGGAAAAGGAAUUGUCCGCUAUGCAGAACUUCCAUUCUUUCGACCCCUUUGCUGAUGCAAGUAAGAGCGAUAAUCUACUUCCUGCUGGCACGGAGAAUUAUAUGCACAUAGGAAUUCAACAGAGAAACGGCAGGAAGAGCUUUACUGCUGUCCAAGGGAUCGCAGCUGAUUAUGAUAAAAAGAAACUAGUGAAGUCGUUUAAGAAGAAAUUAGCCUGCAAUGGUACUGUAAUUGGGCAUCUGCCAUGUGGAGAAGUAAUUCAGCUACAGGGUGACCAGCUCAAGAACGUAUGCCAGUUCCUGGUAGAGACUGGACUGGUUAAGAUUCAUGGGUUUUAAGUGCUUUUGGCUCACUGAAGCUUAAGUAAGGAUUUCCUUACAAUGAGUAGAAUUUCCUUUCUGUCCAUUGUCACAAGUUUAAAAACCUCGCAGCUUGUAUGAUGUAACUAUUU